AACUCUGUUUAGAUGCUGUUGAUCUGGACACUUUCACUGCUGCUGGGAACAGUAGUAGGAAAAGAAGUCUGCUUUCCAAGACUUGGCUGUUUCAGCAAUGAUGCCCCAUGGGCAGGAACUUUGCAAAGACCCUUCAAAGUACUGCCCUGGAGUCCAAAAGAGGUCAACACCCACUUCUACCUAUACACUAAUGAGAACCCCAGCAGCUUUCAAAAAAUCACUGCAGAUCCAUCAACCAUAGAGGCUUCCAAUUUCAAAACGAACAGAAAAACCCGCUUUAUUAUUCACGGAUUCUUAGACAAGGGGGAAGGAAGCUGGCUAGCCGAUAUAUGCAAGAACUUGUUUAAGGUGGAAAGCGUGAACUGCGUCUGUGUAGACUGGAAAAGUGGCUCCCGAACGACUUACUCACAAGCUGUACAGAAUGUCCGCAUUGUGGGGGCAGAAGUGGCAUAUUUGGUUGAAGUUCUUCAGUCAGCGUUCCAGUACUCGCCUUCUGAUGUCCACAUCAUCGGCCAUAGCCUGGGGUCUCACGCUGCAGGGGAAGCGGGAAGAAGGACCAACGGGACCAUUGGACGGAUCACAGGAUUGGACCCAGCUAAACCUUCCUUUGAGGGAACACCCGAAUUAAUCCGAUUGGACCCCUCGGAUGCCCAAUUUGUGGAUGUGAUUCACACAGAUAUUGCUCCCUUAAUCCCCAACUUGGGGUUUGGGAUGAGCCAAACUGCAGGACACCUAGAUUUCUUUCCAAAUGGAGGAAAAGAAAUGCCUGGAUGUCAGAAGAAUAUUCUCUCUAGUAUUAUUGACAUAAAUGGGAUCUGGGAAGGCACUUGUAACUUUGUAGCAUGCAAUCACUUAAGAAGCUUCAAGUAUUAUAACGACAGCAUCCUCAACCCUGAUGGCUUUGCUGGAUUCCCUUGUGACACUUACAAAGCUUUCACAACAAACAAGUGCUUCCCAUGUCCAAGAGAAGGCUGCCCGCAGAUGGGUCAUUAUGCUGACAGAUUUCCUGAGAAAACAAGGGAAGAAGGCCAGAAAUUUUAUCUAAACACUGGUGAUGCCAGCAAUUUUGCCCGUUGGAGGUACAAAGCAAAUGUGACUCUGUCUGGAAAGAAGGUUGGGGGACACGUGCUGAUAUCUUUGUUUGGAAAUAAAGGAAACUCUAAGCAAUACGAAAUUUUCAAGGGCUCUCUCAAGCCAGGCAAUAUUCAUUCCAGUGAAUUUGACUCAAAUGUGGAUGUUGGAGAUUUGCAGAAGGUUAAGUUUGUUUGGUAUAACAAUAUGAUCAACCCAACUCAACCCAGAGUGGGAGCAUCCCAGAUCAUCGUGGAAAGAAAUGAUGGAAGAGUGUUCAACUUCUGUAGUCAGGAAACUGUGAAGAAAGAUGUUCUGCUCACUCUCAGUCCAUGUGACUCCUGA